UUACCCGUCUACGGCACAACCUUUGCGUUGUGCGCUUUGCACGCGCACCAUGCCCGCGGAGCAUGAACGUCACAAUAUUGAGUGCCUAAGUAACGUUUGUUUGUGUACAUAACGUCAACUGACACCUGCAACAAGGCUCGAAUCCAUUGGAAGGGCAGACCAGCGUAAGCAAUCGCAUGUAUUAGAACAUACCCCUUAUCAUGUUCGAGUCGACAGCUGCGUAUGAGGCCCUUACCAAACAUUUGGCUGCAAAAAAGUACACAUUCGUCUGCCCAUCGCCAGAAACCACCGGCAGAGUUGUAGAGAAAAGGAAGUCCAGCUCUUCGACGAAGCAUGCUCAGAACGCACAGGAUUUUUUUGGCUGGAGUCUGCCAUGUUCGAGAAAUACGCUGAGGUCGAUAAUACCGGAAGAUAUCGUCGAAAGCCUGCAAAACGCCUCCCUCAUCACGAAUAGUGAAGGUGAGGAUGAAUAUCGGUCGACGAUUCGCGUCUCGAACUUCUACCUCCCAAACGUUCCCUCGCCAGACGCCGGUGCCGCGCCGCUCUUCUACAUCCAUUCGUCUUUUCCUGCCUCCUCGGACGCAGUGUUCUUCGGACCUGACACAUACCUGUUCACACAGUUCCUGAAGACUGCUCAACGCCACUUGCCCAAACGCUUGAGUAGUGCAAUAGAUGUCUGCUGUGGAUCGGGCGCAGGUGCGAUACACCUGGCCAAAACCUUCCCACAAGCCAAAGUCCUCGGUUUGGACCUCAACCCACGGGCACUGAGGCUAGGCGGCGUGAACGCGCACCUCGCGGGUGCUCAAGUUGACUACUACGAGUCGAAUUUGUACGCUGCUGUGCCAGACGAAAACAAGAAGGCCGGGAUAGACCUCAUCGUUAGCAAUCCACCGUACAUUGCCACAAGCCCAGACGGUAAAGAUCUGCCCAUGUAUGCAGACGGAGGCGCAGAAUUCGGACUCGAUAUUUCGCUAAAAAUCGUCGAAGAGGGAAUGAGGAUACUUUCAAAGAAAGGCGUCAUCAUUGUGUACACAGGAGUUGCAGUACCGGCCGCAGACCCAGGGCAUGACAUGUUCCUUGAGAAGCUCCAGGCUGUGGAGGGUGCCCAGUUGGUUGAGUACACAAUACUGCAUCCCGACAUGUGGCCUGAGGAGAUUGGACGCGGCGCGUAUGCGGGCGUUGGCAGGAUACAGGUUGUGGGAGCUGUUCUGACGAGAUCCUGAGGCUGAGCAGGAAGGCACGUCACAUGUGCGGGGUAGUUAAGCGGGGCUCUUAGUUUGGCGGGCGCCUUCCUGCGUAGUGAGACACCUGGACACGCCUGCAUGCUUCCGCCUUCUCCGUCAAAACCUUCGUCCAGCUACAAUGCACGUUACUCGUACACCUCAUGGUCGAUUCACGAGGCUCAGACGAAUGCAAAG